ACCAAUACACCUGUCCGUCUUUCAGGUGCCACAGGGCUCUUCCGUCGUGUUGGCUUUAUUUUGUGCCAGAUUGGUAUUUUGGCGUCUAUACCUUUAAAAGAACGCAAUUCAGCUUUUUCCCACGGCACGUGACCAGGGGAUCGAUGCAGUGGAGCCAGAGAGGAGGCGCAGAAAGCUUUCCUGUAGGCUAGAAAACGCUAAAGAGGCGCCGGCGUCACGUGAUACAUCUGGCUGAAACGACGGGGCGAGCGGCUUUGAUUGGGUGGCACAGCGGAGAAGAAAGAGAGUCGCUCCGGGAUCGUGUCUCGUUGCGUUCCUGUAAGGCUUCUCUUCUUGGAGGACUACAGCAGCGUAGUCUCUAUGAUGAGAGUCCAGCCUGCGCCGCUGUGGGGCAGCCGCACGAGAUCGAGCCCUACCUGAUCGUUCCCCAAGGCCAGACGCUCCAGCAUCCUGAUUGUUCAAAUCUAAUUGGAGGGCAUGUUGCAUCCCCACAAAUAGGAGAAUGACCUCUGAGCUCUUAAAAGUGCCUUGAGCAGAUUUCUACCUGUUGCCCACCAGUAUGAUGCCAUCUCCUCCUAAGCAUGUGCAUGAACUUCUGCUAGCCUUUGCCUUCUACGUGGCCUCCUCCUGGGCUAAUGACAUUCUAUACCAUGAUUAUUGCAUUAUUGGGGCUGGCCCAGCAGGCUUGCAGAUGGCCUAUUUCCUCCAACAUGCAGGCCGGGACUAUGUGGUCUUUGAACGUGGCCAUGCGCCUGGGUGUUUUUUUGCCCUGUAUCCACGCCAUCGCAAGCUUAUUAGUGUCAACAAGCGUUAUACAGGCAAAUCCAACGGCGAGUUCAACCUUCGCCAUGACUGGAACUCGCUACUCAGCCAUGAUAGCAGACUUCUCUUCCGACACUACUCCAAGGACUUCUUCCCGAACGCUGAUGACAUGGUGCGUUACCUGGGGGACUUUGCUUCCAUGCUAGAUCUCCAGGUGUGCUACAACACGUCCAUCACACAUGUGAUGCUGGAAAAGGACAGCAAGGCAUGGAACGGCCAUUACUUCAUCCUUGCUGACCAGAAUGCUCGGUUCUAUAAAUGCAGUGUUCUUUUGGUAGCCACGGGAACGUGGGUUCCUCACGAAGUGAACUUCCCAGGUUCGGAAUAUGUUGAAGGCUAUGAGUCAGUGUCUGUUGACCCAGAAGACUUUGUUGGCCAAUCUGUAUUGAUCUUGGGCCGGGGAAACUCUGCCUUUGAGACAGCGGAGAACAUUUUGGGUGUCACCAAUUUCGUACACAUGGUGAGCCGCUCCCGGGUUCGCCUUUCUUGGGCCACUCACUAUGUUGGAGAUUUGAGAGCAAUUAACAAUGGCCUCCUGGACACGUAUCAACUGAAGUCUCUGGACGGACUUCUGGAGGGUGACUUGGAAGACUUGGUUCUUGUCAAGGAUAAAAAAGGAAAACUGCGCAUUACCCUCCGUUUCUACCUGGAGAACAGCAAUAGCAGUGAAGCAGAGUCCAUCACCCUCCCACAGGACGAGCUGGACAACUUUGCCACACGGGCGCCAUAUGACCGUGCCAUUCGCUGCCUGGGUUGGAAAUUUGACUUCUCCAUAUUCAACAAGUCUGUGGGGCUGAUGCAAGGCAAAGGCAGUAAGAAGAAGUAUCCUCUGAUCAAGCCCAGCUAUGAAGCCAAAGCCACUCGGGGUCUUUUUGUUCUGGGCACUGCAAGCCACUCAGUUGACUUUAGGAAAUCUGCCGGAGGCUUUAUUCAUGGGUUCCGAUACACAGCUCGCACUGUUCAUCGCAUACUAGAAGUCCGGCACCACGGAGUCCCUUGGCCAUCCCCCAUCUACCCCAUUAUGCAGCUAACAAAUACCAUCGUCAAGCGGGUGAAUGAGGCAUCCGGACUCUACCAGAUGUUCAGUGUGCUAGCGGAUGUCAUUCUGCUAAAAGAAAAUGCCCCAGAGUUUGAGUAUCUGGAGGAGUAUCCGGUUGGGGUCCUGCAAGAAUUGGAAUGGCGCACGGGGAAAAAAGUUCAGAAUGGGCUUUUUGUCAUCAUGAUGGAAUAUGGGAAGAACUUCUCUGGCCCUGACAAGGAUGUCUUCUAUUAUAAUCGUGCAGUGGGUGAAGCACAGCAUGCUUGGCAGUCCAAUUUCCUGCAUCCUGUCAUUUAUUACUACAAACGUCUCCCCACCGAGCGUCAGAUGAGACUUUGCCCACCAGAUUGGCCCUUGCCCCGCCCAGAUGCUAUCCAUCACAUUGUGGAGGACUUCCUGACAGACUGGACUGCUCCAAAUGCCCACAUCCUCCCGCUGAGACGUUUCUUGGAGAAUUGCUUGGAAACUGACCUGCGCAGAUUCUAUGCAGAGUCCUGCUUCUUGUUCGCCCUCACCCGCCAGAAGUUGCCUCCCUUCUGCCAGCAGGGAUACAUGAGAAUGCAGGGGCUCAUGCAUAACGAGAGGCUAAGGCAUCAUGGAGUAGAAUCAGGACUGCUUGAAGACUACGCUGCUGUGGACUCCCCAAAUGAGCAGGAGGGUGGCAGUACACAAUCACAUGACCAGCUAUUGGAGGAUCCCAUGAUACUAAAUCACCAGUUGCAACAUCUCAUGAGCACCAAGGAUGAACUUUAGUCUUCCUUAGACUGUAUCACAAUCAACAAGGAUUGUGGUCAUGGUAUCAUGACAUGAAUCUAUCCAGGGCCUCCAACUUUCACUUCGUACGCUUGACUUGGGUUCCUACCCAUUUCUUUAUGGGGACCAUGACUUGCCAAAGAGUUGUGUCAAUCUGUUGUUAUUUAUGAAGAGGGGAGUCCUUUACAGGAGAAGUGAGGGCUGAAACUCGGUAACGCUGAGGCGUCCUGUUGCUCCUGUUCACUGUUGUUGCCUGCUGAUAAUGUUGCAUUUAUGUUAUAGGGGCCAGUCUCUGGCUUAUCACGAGAGAGAAAAAGGGAUACACAGAUGACUUGCCAUGAAAUAUUAUUCCUGAUUGCAUGCUUUGUGGUGAUGCACAACAGAAUCAUUGGUUAUGGAUGCUAUGUGUAUUGUUCCUUGCAUAUACUCGCAGAUUUGUAUGUGCAUGAAUGUUCAACCAGUUUGGUAAGAUUGGCUGGAUGAGAGAUUAAAGGAAUGCUGUUAAUGUCCGCAGCAGGGAACUAUUACACACUAUCUCCAGGAGAAAAGGGGGAUGUCUCGAGACACUAUUAGGAUGAACAGCAAGGCCUGGAUCCUUUUGUGCUAAAAUGUUGACAUAAUGUACUACUGCCAUAGUCAUCAGCUUGUUCUGCAGAACUGGAGUUCCUGUAUCCUUAACAAAAAAUUUCUCCUGUUUGCACUACACCCCAUUAGAAAUAUCUCUUGUUUGCACUAUUAGAAAGCUUCCUUAAUUCAGUUCAGUCAAGAUGCAAUUGUAUUUCCUAUUAUGGUUGUAUUUUUAAUCUAUUUUUAAGGUUUGAGUAGCUAGGAGAACUGUUUGCACUUUAUUUCUUCCUAGUGCACACACGUCUCCCGCUUGCAGCAGGCCAGAAGGACCAAACUGGAAACAGUCCAUCUUUUACCUAUUCUCAUUAUCUCUAGCAGAUGGAAGGAAUAGCCUUUAUAUGUCCCCUUCCUUGGCAAUUGCUGCACUUGUGCUUCCUUCACUACACCUUUCGAGCAGCUGCUUCCUAUUGGCACAGAUCCACUGCAGCCCUCUUGUUUAUCUGUAAAUACCUAAACCUUCUAUCUUGCCUACCAUUUGCUCUUGAGAAUGGAACUGAAAGUGGUCUCUCUUCCAAUAAAAGUGCUGCUGCAAAUUAGAAUUCCUCUUGGCAGUAUAGACUGAUAAGGUUAGGGAGCAUCCAUGAAAAAGGGCCCACAACGCUGUGGCACAGCACGUUUCGCAUGCAAACAAUCCCUGAUUCAGUCCUCAACAUCACUGUAUCUCUUUAAACUCUUUAAACCAGAAAGCUGGUUUAAAACAUGCGUUGGUGCAACAAGCUGGCUUCAUAAGCCAUGGUUUGAAGUCUGCUUGUUUUGAAACUGACCAGAAUUUGUUUUAAACCAGGAUCUCUGGCUCAUUCAUAACAAAAAGCCAGGAUUCUAUGAAACUGAAAGUAAAUGUUAGCAAAGUUUUUUACCAGGCUGCAUGGGAGGAGGAGAGAAGGGGAGCAUGUGAGCAUGUGUCCAGACUCACUUCAUUUGUGCAUGUAGUGCUAAAAAUCAUGUCUAACACUUGCUAUGACCAUAGCACUUUGUGGCCUCUAGCUAACCUGGUACACACAAAGUUGAUCAUACAAAUCUGUCAUAUAGGAAGACUUGAAUUCCUUACCUAAAGGCUAGAGCAGACUUACUACAUGCAGUCUUUUUCUUUCCUUCUCUUUUAUUCCUGUACUUUCUCCAAAGAACCUAUAUGUGUUGCCUUUAUGGUGCUUUUCUUUAACAAAAAUGCUGUAAAAAAGGGCAUUUUUCCACCCUUGAUCAUUUUCCCCAUGCACCUUAGGGUAAAUAUAGAUGCAGUAGCAAAGAAGGGAUCAGGUUUGUCCAGUUCAACCUGAGAGCACACCAGAAACCUGCAGAAACCCAUAGCACACCCUAAUUUAAGAGCAGUGAAGCACUAUCAAACAGCCACCAUUUCUCUUGCCACAUUAACCUUUGGUUGUCAUCCUCAACUGGGCACUCAGUCUUCAUUAUCCAGGUUUUGUUGCUGUUUCCUAAAUAAGUGUGAUCAGUGUAGCUGCCUCAACAGAGAAGGCGAUUUCAGCAUGGUGAAGACUCAAAAUUAAUAGGGAUGUUUCAAGGGUUAGGGCUAGAUAGUGCAAAAUUCUUGGUUUACUGUCCAAAGCCAGAGUUACCAAAUGAAUGAUUAUGCAAGACCUUCAGAUAGGACAGGCUUUGCUGCUGCACCAUAGAAGUCAACCAUAAUACCUUUGCUGUUGCCAGGCUAGUAUGUACUCGAAUAGUUCCACAUCCUAUUACUCUGCUGUCAGUGCCUAUAUCAUAUUCAGUAUUUGCACAGAACAUAAUGGUCCCAUGGUAGACUGGGAAGUUGCAGUUUCUUUUUUAUAUGUUUGUUUUUUUCAGAGCAGUAUUUUUAUUAACUUAUUUUCAAUAUUUGUCAUGGUCAAAUGGAUAAAUUGUUGUAAUGGUAUUGUAUUGCAAAUAGGUUUUGUAUAGUUGUAUUAUUUGGAUGAACUUUUUUUAAAA